AUGGCCGGGUUAGCUCUCUCGCAAGCUGAAAUACUUAAAGUUGGGCCUAUUGCAAGCCACCACUCGCUGCAACUGCUGCCUCUUAGCAAGAAGAAAAAAAAGCAAAAAUUCGUAAUUGGAGACGAAUAUGGCGUAGUGUCUUGCUAUCAAGUGAAGAGAGGUGAGCCUCAAAAUGUGUUCAAGUCGAUAACGCUUGCAGGUCCAGUGUCCUGUAUAGUGGCCGGGACGAGCAAAGGGACUGAAGACAAGACGUUUAUUGCCACAGGACAACAUGUCCACGGUAUCAAUAAGAAAGGAAAGGAAUUCUUCAAGUUUCAAAGCAAUUUGGCAGAACCAUUGCGCAAGAUCCACGCGUAUGAUAACCAACUUUGGACAAUCACCGACUUUACCUUUAAUCAAUAUGAAAAUGGAGUUGAUAAACAUUCGUAUGUAUGUCCGGAUCGAAUCAACGAUGCACUCGUCGUGUCACUUAACCAUGAGCAGGAUUUUCAUGGUAUUUUGGGCUGCCAAGACCGCUACAUUCGCAUCAUUAAAGAUUCCACAUCAGUAGCCAAGAAAGCAGUGGCUGCACCAGUCACUGCUCUUUGUCGAGUUCCCUCGAUGACAAGCAGGAGUGCUACCACAUCAGAUCCUGCUUUAAUUCUAUAUGGCACAGCUGCUGGAGUUCUCGGUCUUUUGAGUUACAACGGAGACAAGCUCAAGAUCAAAUGGAAGACAUCUUCACAGUCUUCAGAAAUGAACAAACAAGACGCCAAUGGAAAUAUAUCCAUGCCUCUAUCUACAGCUACCAUCAAUUCAAUUGCAUGCUUUGACAUCAAUCGUGAUGACCAUCCAGAGAUUUUAGUGGGUCGAGAUGAUGGUCGUAUUGAAGUCGUAUCGUUUCAACCGAGUUCGGGGAAUGUGGUUAAGUUAUAUGAGCAUGUCAAUAACGAGAGUAUUCGGUGUGUUCGAGGUGGAAUCGUGACUACACUCGGAUUCGAAGAGCUCCUGGCAACAACUUUUUCUGGUCGCGUAUUAAGCUUCACUACUGAACCACUAGACCAACCCGACGGCGAUGACAGCUACGGUCGAUCACGUGGAACUGUGCAUCGAGAGACCCGCAUUACCAAGUUGCGUAAAGAAAUAUCCACUCUCGAAGACAAAAUUGCUCGAAUGAGUACGCAACGAGGCGUGAAGGACAAAGAAUUUCUUUCGUUAGCAGAAGAAUUGGUGGUGAACAGCAAGUUUCAACUGAAUGCAGCGUUGGCAGUCUAUGACGUAUCUCUUGAAAUUCCGGUGGGCAUUCAAAUGAUCGUGCUGCAUUCAGCAGUACCACUAGAUCUACUCGAGAAUGAGAACAAUACCGCUAUUGUGAGCAAGUCACCGGUCGAUCCUGCCAAUGGAACACACUUUCUAGCCACUUAUCGCUGUCUCGAACCCACUCAUCGAUUGGAAUUUCAAGUGCGUACCAUCGAAGGACAGUUUGGACACGUUGAAGCCACAGUAAUAGCUAAUACACAACCUCGGUCGGCGCAAACGAUUAAAUUUUAUGUGAAACCGCUCUCAUUACACCAUCGCGUCCUUGAGCUGAGUGAUGCGGAAGAAGCUGAACUAUUGAAGCCAUGCAAUACGCUUCAAUUAAGUGGCGACUUUUCUCUCGUGCAGAUUCAUGAUUGGGUGUCUAUGUGCCUGCCUGAAGUCCCUGGCCGUCUACAGACCGAGGACGUUACAUUGCGCUAUCGAAACUCAUUUCUUGGAGCCUUACUGGUGUGUCGAUAUUGUAAGGGGGAAGCCAGCUUCUCAACGCCUUCCGUUUCAGUAAUUGCAAUUUUGAAAGAGGUGAUUACCAAGGAAGCGACGGCCCGCAAGGUUACGCUAAACAUCGCGCUAGAUAUAAAGAAGGAGAGUGUAGUAGUAAUGCUAGGCUACUUGAGGCCUUUGUUGGAUGCCAAACACGCACUGGCCUCGCAAGUUAAGCUUAUCGAUGGUCUAAAAGAGCUACAGCUGCAUGAAGAAGAUUAUGCGGUCUGGAUGGCGCCGGAAUACCAGCAGAUUCUUGAAAACUCGGAGAAGAUUUUGGCGGAAUUUAAGUUUCGAGGCACAAGUGCCAAGCAAAACCUGCCACGAUUCUACCAGCUUAUUGAACAUUAUCAUUUUGAUUCGCUUGUUGAUUUCUAUCUGCGUGAGUAG